UGCAGCUUUACAGCGGGCAAUAUUCUUCUUCAGAUUUCUGUGCGCCGGCAUCGCACGUGAACGUGUCGCAAAAAUCUCUAUAAAUUAGUGAAAUCACCAUGUCGGACGAAUAUUUUUAUGGUACCACAUUGUCAGCGACACACCAGUCUGAGACAUGGGACCCCGAAGCGAAGGCGGAGUACCCUCGCACCAACAAACUCCUCAUCCGCCAAGCUUUACUAGGGCCAGAGGCUAAGCCAGAUGAACUAAAUGUCGUACAGGUAGAAACAAUGUCCCUGCAGGACUCCGUGAAGAUCCCAGUUGCGGUGCUGAAGGUUGGGGAGACGAGGCAUGCGCGUCUUGAUAUUGAGUUCCCAGAUGCACCAGUUACAUUCACACUUGUACAGGGAUCAGGGCCAGUACAUUUGAUCGGCCAGCACCUCCUCGGAGCGCUGGUAGAUGAGUUUGAAGAAAUGGAGGAGAUGGAGGAGGAAAUGUUGGACGAGGAGGAAGGAGAUGACUCUCAGUUCAAGGACGAUGAGAAUAAGCGGAAACCAACCGCAGGCAAGCGCAAGACGAAUGAGGAUGAGGACGACGAAGAGGGCGAACCAAAGGGCAAGAAGGCGAAAAUGUCGAACAACGCCAAAGGCAAGGCCCCGUCGCCGAAGAAGAACGCCAAGAAGUGAAGCCGCCUGCGCGCGCUCGUCCCGCCGCCGCCGCGCCCGCAGCCAGCCGCGAGUGGUCGUCGCACGGGUGCCAGACUGGCCGUAUGACAGACCACUCCAGUUUGGAAUUGAACGUCCAAUGUCCGUUUACUAAAACUAUUUUGGGAUAACUCAUUUGGAAAGACUUUGAUGAAAGUUUUUGUCUUCAAUGUAUAAUUUUUUAAAUCCACAAUUUGAACGCAUUGUUUUUAAUAAUCAUUGUUACUUACAAACACGAACCAAUGUUAGAAGAAAUAUUUUAAGACUUAGGACGGGAUUGGCGGCGGCGGUCGGCCCGAGCCCUUAGUUAUAACUACAUAGCGUGGUAAUUAGCAUUAUAUCGACUCGCGUGAUUGAGAGAGUGAACGAGUGAGUUCGUGAUAUCUGGUCUUACAUUGGUACGGCCCACGGUCGAGGUAUAUUCAAGACUUCAUCCUUUGUGGUUAGUGAGAGAUCGCGUGUAAUUUUUCCUACUUUUUUUGUCUAAAAUUGUUUUCCAUUCCUUACUGUGGUAUAGCGUUAUGGAUGUCAAAUUUAAUAUUUAAGUGAAACCAUACAGACGUAUUUUUAAGUUAAGACUAAGCAUAAUCAGUGUACUUGUAAGGCAUUGGUCAUUUGUAGCGUUAGCAGGGCGACAUGUAAUUGAAUUUUUCUAAUGAUUUCUCAUUUCAAAAUGAAAAACUGAUAUCUAUUAUAGUUUGUUUGUACAUAUACAUAAAACAUAAGGACGGUAAUAAAAUGAAACAUUUCUAAACAUA